CUUCUUCUUAAUGGGUGGUAACAAACUACCUAACCUCAAAGGGUGCGUUUGUCUGGUGACGGGUGCCAGUCGGGGCAUCGGUCGUGGCGUCUCAAUCGCCCUGGGCGAAUGCGGUGCUACUGUAUAUCUCACUGGUCGCACUCUUAAGCCUAAAGGCGACGUUAAGGAAGGCGAUGUUGGCGGAUGUCUGGAGGAGACGGCUGCGGAGGUCACGUCACGUGGUGGGGUGGCUAUUCCCGUGGCCGUCGAUCACUCCGAUGAUAGUCAGGUAGUGAAUCUCUUUGCACGUAUUCGUCGUGAACAGAAGGGUCGCCUUGACCUCCUGGUAAACAACGCCUUCGCAGCAGUCGAAUACAUUGCUGCACACCGUGACGUGGGCUUCUGGGAGCUGGAGGCCGGGGAGACGGCUGCCACAGCCUGGGACAUGGUGAACCGAGUGGGCCUACGCAACCACUACAUCUGCGCCACUUUGGCCACGCGAAUGAUGCUGGAUUAUCGCAAUGAGUUGAACAGCGACAGUGGCGGCAGCGACAGUGACAAGCGUCCGGGCCUCAUCAUCAACAUCUGCUCCAUCGGCGGUCUACGCUAUCGCCUGAAUGUCCCCUACGGUGUCGGCAAGGCUGCAGUAGAUCGCAUGGCUGCCGAUAUGGCCCACGAACUUCGCGAGAAGAAGAAAAGUGUCGCGGUACUUACUCUCUGGCCUGGUAUGGUCAAGACGGAACACAUGCUUCAGAAGCGCGAUCCCCAAUCAACCGUCCUAGAAGACUAG